AUGACACAAGGACAAGCAUGCAACUGCAAUCUCCACGCCCGACGGUGCCGCUUCAACAUGGAGCUGUACAAGCUGUCCGGCGGCACUUCCGGCGGAGUGUGCCUCAACUGCAGGCACAACACGGCGGGCAGGCACUGCCACUACUGCAAGGAGGGAUACUACAGGGACACCACGAAGCCGAUAACGCACAGGAAAGCGUGCAAAGCCUGCGACUGCCACCCGGUUGGAUCUUCUGGCUUGACCUGCAAUCAGACGAACGGCCAGUGUCCGUGCAAGGACGGCGUGGCGGGCAUCACAUGCAACCGCUGUGCCAAGGGCUAUUUCCAGAGCCGGUCCACCGUGGCUCCCUGCAUAAAAGUUUACAAAAAUGACAAGUCCAAACCUGAUGCGAGGAGUGAAGAUAAAUGUGGAAAGUGUCCAGCAAGUAGAAAGAGGUUGAACUUAAAAAAGUACUGCAAGCGUGAUUACGCCAUCCAGGCCGACAUCUUGUCUAGGGAGACGGUGGGCGAUUGGGUCCGCUUCGGAAUCCACGUGAGGCACGUCUUCAAAGCGGGGCCCAUCAAGCUCAGGACGGGACCCCAAUCGCUGUGGAUAUCCCAGGCCGAGAUCGCCUGCAGCUGCCCCAAGAUAAGAUUGAAGCACUCGUAUCUCAUUCUUGGUAAUAAUCAAGAAGGAAAAAAAUAUUCGGGCCUGCAUGCGAGCCGGGAGAGUACGGUCGUGGAAUGGAAAGAGGACUGGCCUUGGCGCAUGCGCCGUUUCCAGAGAAGACAAAGAAACGGCAGAUGUAAACCCUCCUGAAAAUUCUCUCUCGUAUAGAACACAAACUGCAGACCAAAAAGCGAGAAUGGCGUUCGUAUGAGUUCAAAAAUGGAUGGGUGCAUGGAAAGAUACGGAAGAUGUUUUCAUAUAGCACCGAGUCGAGAUAUACUCUAUAUUUCAUUGUAGAAAUAUAAGCUAUAUAUGGUGUGACGUAUAAUCUUGCAAGAAAACAAAAAAAUGUGCUUUCGGGUCGAAGGUCGUGACAUU